AUGAUUCGGGCCCGUUCUCCUCCUGUUUUUUCAGGCAAUAAUCAUAUUCUCCUUAUUCUUUCGAGACGUCGCUUAUCGUUCCCUACUUCACUUGCUUCUCGGACUUCCUCGUUACGCUCGUUGAUUACAUCUCAGCCUCUACACCUCUCGUAUAGAACCAACUCGGCCCAAACAGCUAAUUCUUCUGCCCCACCUCCAUAUCCUCCCUCGUUCAGGAAACCUUCAAUCUUCCGCCGUCUCGUCGGUUUCUCCGCCAUAGCCAUAUUCUCCUGCGUGAUAGGGAUCACCAUGAGCCCAGGGAUGGCCAACCUGGUGCAGAUCGUCGGCAAAAUCCGUGCCGAUGAAGAAAAGUCCUACCUGCCCCCUGACGAUGUUGCGCGAGAAAUCGAUGAGUUCAUCGACACGCACCCGCUAGCAAGCUCCCUCCGCGCAGACCCCCGUUUCUCAGAAUCGAGGCCCCACUUGAAAAUCCCAGACGAAUUGCGCGCCCACAAUCUCACCGCCGGCACUCUGUCGGGUACCAACAAAAUUGCUGUGCCACCAUAUAUGUGGACUGAGGCUGGCGGGAAGAGCCUUGUUUCCAUGCUAUAUCUGGGAUCUGAUGUUUCGGGCCAUCCUGGCCUUGUUCAUGGGGGUUUACUCGCUACGGUUCUCGAUGAGGCUUUGGCAAGAUGCUGUUUCCCCGCUUUACCCAAUGGUAUUGGCGUCACGGCCAAUCUGAACAUCGACUACCGGAGUCCUGCGCCCGCAGGAUCUUUCUUUGUUGUGCGCGCAGAGACAGUGAAGGCGGAGGGGCGGAAGGCAUGGGUUGAGGGGAGAAUCGAGACACUUCCCGAAGAAGGGAGAGAGCCUGUCGUUGUGGCCGAGGCGAAGGCGUUGUUUGUUGAGCCGAGAAAUGUUUCUUCUCUUCCGCGCCUCUAUAGAACCACAUAA